AUUACCGUCAUUGGAGCAGGACAAGCUACAAAGACAGUACGGGAGUCCGUACAGGCACAGAUUGUCUCUCGAUCCAGUUCGUUCACUGUGAACACUGAGUUGUUGAUUGUUGACAAUUUGAUUGCAAAUCUACCAACGCGCGACAUAGACAUCAGCGAUUGGAAGAUACCACCUGGUUUCGCUUUAGCAGACCCUCUGUUCAACAAAGCUGCUCCUGUAGACCUCAUUCUUGGUGCUCGUCAUUACCACACUUUCUUUGAGAAUGCAACUCAGUUCCGUCCUGCACCUCAUCAGCCCGUGAUGAUAGACAGCGUUUUCGGCUGGGUAAUGACUGGUCCAACUGGCAGUGACAAUUCUUCACCUAAAACCGAUCCCACCGCAUCAUAUACAAUCGUCUGUAUGGCAUCCUUGGAGGAUUCGUUACAAAGAUUUUGGCAAUUAGAAAAUUUAACCAUGAAUGAUGGAUACUCACCAGACGAACGACAUUGUGAAUCGUUCUAUAAGCAUACCACCAAACGUGACGAUAGUGGUAGAUAUAUUGUUCGCCUACCGAAACAGCCCGACUUUGAUGCAAAGCUCGGCCUUUCUAGACCUCAGGCCAUUCGUCGUUUUGAGCUUCUCGAGCGGAGAUUGGAACGAGAUCCAGCACUUCGAGAAGCGUACCAAGACUUUAUGAAGGAGUACUUAGCACUGGGUCACAUGUCUCCUAUAAGCACUGAUUGUGAUGAUACAGCUGCUUAUUAUUUACCACACCAUCCAGUUUUUAAAGCGUCAAGUACCACCACAAAGGUCAGAGUAGUUUUUGAUGGCUCGGCUAAAACGUCAACUGGCUUUUCGCUGAAUGAAACUCUGCGGGUUGGACCCAUAGUUCAGGAUGAACUCAUCGAUAUUAUUUUGCGUUUCCGCACCUAUAAGAUUGCUGUCGUAGCUGAUAUCGCCAAAAUGUAUCGACAAAUUGUGCUGCAUCCGGAUGAUCGACGAUUGGUUCGCAUUUUCUUCCGUUUCUCACCGCAAUCGCCGAUUGAAUUGUACGAGCUGAAUACUGUGACAUAUGGUUUGUCUCCAUCAUCGUUCUUGGCCACUCGUACAUUGCUGCAGCUUGCGGAAGAUGAAGGUGCUGACUUUCCACUAGCUUCACCCGCACUGAGACACAAUUUUUAUGUAGACGACUUCAUUGGCGGAGCUAACAGCGUGAGUGAAGCUCGCGAGCUUCGUCAGCAACUUUCCGAGUUACUCUCCAAGGGCGGGUUUGAACUCCGGAAGUGGACAUCCAACUGUUUAGGCGUACUAAGUGGUUUACCAGCAGAGCAUAUCGGUACACAGUCAUCACUGCAGUUUGUGCCGAACGAGACUGUGAAGGCACUUGGUAUCGCAUGGAAGCCCGAACUAGAUGUUUUGUGCUUUGAGUCGACUGCAAUAAUGGAAACCGCCAACCUCACCAUGCGAUCCAUAUUGUCAAACAUUGCUCGAAUGUUUGAUCCACUUGGAUUGAUCGCUCCAGUCAUCAUACGCGCGAAAUUGCUAAUGCAGGAGUUGUGGCUGCAGAAAAUCGGAUGGGACGAUCCGGUCCCUGUACACAUCUGUAACAAAUGGAAAUCGGUUACUGACGACUGGAAGGAUUUGGAAAGCUUCAAAAGCGAACGGUAUGUGCUCUUACCUAACUCUAAAAUACAGUUCCAUACAUUUGCAGACGCGUCAGAAGUUGCUUAUGGUGCCUGCAUUUAUGCGCGCUGUGAGGACCAGCAGGGACGAGUACGAGUCAGCCUGCUCGCGUCGAAAUCGCGUGUAGCUCCACUAAAACGAGUUACAUUACCAAGAUUGGAGCUCUGCGCGGCCGUGUUAGGAGCACAUCUUCAUCAUCGUGUUAGACGCGCUAUGGGAAUCGACACAACCGAAUCGUUUUUCUGGUCGGAUUCGACGGUAACGCUAAACUGGAUAGCGUCUCCACCCAACACCUGGAAAACAUUCGUGGCGAAUCGUGUUGCUGAGAUCCAGAACUAUUCGCACCCUCGUCAAUGGAAACACAUUCCCGGUUCAUCGAAUCCCGCCGAUCUGGUGUCUCGAGGGAUGUCAGCAGCUGAAAUGCUAAAAGGAUCGAUUUGGAGCUGUGGUCCUGAAUGGUUGGCGCUAUCCCCCUCCAAAUGGCCAAUGUCAAAUCCAUCACUGACUGCUGAAACGGAUAUGGAAAUUCGUCAGACACGUACACUACAGUCAUCACAAGUUACCUCAGCAGCAUUACCGAUCACCCCUGAGGCUAUAGAAGCAGCUAAAAUCGUGCUUUGUAAACUGGCACAAGAGCACGAGUUUUCAUCAGAGAUCCAACUGCUGAAAAGGGAGAAAUGGUACGAAAACAAUCACCUCUACGGCGAUUGA